UACAAUUUAUAUUUAAUGUCAGAAUCUUGUGGAAAUUUCUAACCUCUUAGUUAAUAUUUAAGUGUUCUUAAAUAAACACUAACUGAAACAUACAUUAUGUUUAAAUCCCUGAUAACCAAGUUAAAUUGUGCCCAAACAUCGCGUACAUUUCACACCACCGCCUGCAUGAAUGAGGUGCGCCUCCUGAGUAGGCUAAGAGUGGUCGACAACUCGGAGAUCGGUAAAAGAGCCAUGGCUGAAGGAAAACCUCCUAAAGUUAUAUGUGUUUACAACAAGAAACAUGUGGGCUACAUUGGGGACAGAGUGUUGGUAGCUAUCAAGGGUCAAAAGAAGAAAGGUAUCUUAGUGGGUUUGAAACAGAAACAAAACGUUAAAGUGCCCAAGUUUGACAGUAACAAUGUGGUGCUAAUAGAUGACAAUGGAACCCCACUGGGCAACCGCAUCCAUGUUCCAAUCCCCACUAUACUGAGGACCAUUCUCAAAGAGAAGACACAUUCUAAAGGAGCAGACUACACCAAACUCUUAGGAAUAGCAACAAGAUUUGUUUAGUGUUUAUACUAGUGAUGUAAGUUAGAUAAUGUAGAUAUUCAUAAAUUGUACAUGUUAUCUUA